GACUAAGGGGCGGGGCAGAGGCGCCUGGCGCAGAGUCCGGCAGUAGGCGGAGCUGUGUUGCCAGAGUAACCCGGCGUUGGUGUUCGUGUUCGCGUCUUCCUGUCCCGAAGAUACCUGUUUCCUUGUGCGGAUAUUCUGAGGCGAUGACUCAUAGUGAAAGAUUCGUUUUCAUUGCAGAGUGGUAUGAUCCAAAUGCUUCACUAUUUCGACGUUAUGAGCUUUUAUUUUACCCAGAGGAUGGAUCUGUUGAAAUGCAUGAUGUAAAGAAUCAUCGCACCUUUUUAAAGCGAACCAAAUACGAAGACCUUCACUUGGAAGAUUUAUUUAUAGGCAACAAAGUGAAUGUCUUUUCUCGUCAACUGGUGCUAAUUGACUAUGGGGAUCAGUAUACAGCUCGCCAGUUGGGCAGUAGGAAAGAAAAAACAUUAGCCCUGAUUAAACCAGACGCAGUGUCAAAAGCUGGAGAAAUAAUUGAAAUAAUAAACAAAGCUGGAUUUACUCUAACCAAACUCAAAAUGAUGACACUUUCAAGGAAAGAAGCAACAGACUUUCAUAUAGACCAUCAGUCCAGGCCCUUUUUAAAUGAGCUGAUCCAGUUUAUUACGAGUGGCCCUGUAAUUGCCAUGGAGAUUUUAAGAGAUGAUGCUAUAUGUGAGUGGAAAAGACUUCUUGGACCUGCGAACUCUGGACUGGCACGUACAGAUGCUCCUGGAAGCAUUAGAGCCCUCUUUGGAACGGAUGGCAUAAAAAAUGCAGCUCAUGGCCCUGAUUCUUUCACUUGUGCUGCCAGGGAAAUGGAGUUAUUUUUCCCUUCAAGUGGAGUUUGUGGGCCAGCAAACACUGCUAAAUUUACUAACUGUACUUGUUGCAUUGUGAAGCCCCAUGCUGUCAGUGAAGGACUGCUGGGAAAGAUCGUGAUGGCCAUCCGAGAUGCGGGCUUUGAAAUCUCUGCUAUGCAGAUGUUCAACAUGGAUCGGGUUAAUGUUGAAGAGUUUUAUGAAGUUUAUAAAGGAGUAGUGUCUGAGUAUAAUGAAAUGGUGACAGAAAUGUAUUCUGGCCCUUGUGUAGCAAUGGAGAUUCAACAAAAUAAUUCUACAAUGACAUUUCGAGAAUUCUGUGGACCUGCUGAUCCUGAAAUUGCCCGGCAUUUACGUCCUGGAACCCUCCGAGCAAUCUUUGGUAAAACUAAGAUCCAGAAUGCUGUCCACUGUACUGAUCUGCCAGAGGAUGGCCCGUUAGAGGUAAGAUAA